UGUCCGGGAGACCCUGGCAGCCAAGUGUGCCCUGAAGGACCCCAGGACCCCAGAAUAGGCGGCAGUGGGGAGGCGGAGGUGGUUGCUAGGGAAGCGCCACAGGUCGCUCAGGCCGUCGACGCUCCGGGGCCUAGCGCUGAGGGCGAGCCAGAGGCCAUGGGCAGGAUUCGAAGAGCAACACCGCUCCAGUUCAUCCUGCUGGUGCCCUUCAGAUCGUCCAUGCAGGCAGAGAUCGCCUGCCAUUUGCUGGCCUUCAGUGCCGAACCUCAACCUGAGGCAACUCAACGGGAAGUCCGGGUGUCAGGCAGUCGUCUUGCUAUCCGCCUGAGUGCUGACAACCUGGACCAACUGCGCCUUUCCAUCUCCUCCUGUGUCCAGGAGCUGUCCGUGCUGAUUGAAACCAUGCAGCACAUUUUGCCCCCAUUCUUUUUUGUCAGCCCCAGGACAAUGAAUGGGGGUUAAGAUUUAGAGUCCCUAUCGAUACAUACUUUCCUGAGGCAUGGAACCCACAGGAGCUGCCACAGCAUC